UGACGAUCCUGCGGCUCCCGGAACCUUCCCGCUCGCUUCCGCCCAGCCAGCCGGACCCGAGUAGCUGGGACACGCGCCGGAAGUGGCGGGAGGAGCCGCGGAGGAGGAGAAAGAAAUGAGCUGACAUGUCAGAAAACCACGUGUCUUCCCUGGCCUUUGGCCAGGCAGUGAUUGGGCCACCUGGCUCCGGGAAGACCACUUACUGCUUUGGCAUGCAGGAAUUCAUGUCCAAGAUUGGGCGGAAGGUGGCUGUGGUGAAUUUGGACCCAGCCAAUGAAGGGACUCCCUAUCAGUGUGCUGUGGACAUCUCAGAGCUUAUCACCCUGGCUGAUGUGAUGGAUAAUCUGAAGCUGGGGCCCAAUGGCGGUUUGAUCUAUUGCAUGGAGUACCUGGAAGCCAAUUUUGACUGGCUGCAGGAAAAGCUGGCUAAACUCAAGGGUCAUUACUUUUUGUUUGACUGCCCAGGGCAGGUAGAACUCUGCACCCACCAUGGCGCAUUGAAAAACGUCUUUGCACAGUUAGCUAAGUGGAACUUCAGGUUGGCUGCAGUUCAUUUGGUGGAUUCUCACUACUGCACAGACCCUGGAAAGUUCAUCUCCGUUCUUUGCACCUCCCUCUCAACCAUGCUGCAUGUGGAAUUGCCCCACGUCAACGUCCUCUCUAAGAUGGACCUGAUAGAACAGUAUGGCAAGCUGGCCUUCAACCUGGAUUAUUACACCGAGGUUCUGGAUCUCUCUUACCUCGUAGACCAUUUAGCCACCGAUCCAUUCUUCAAGAACUACCGUCGCCUCAAUGAGAAGUUGGUGGAGGUGAUUGAGGACUACAGCCUGGUCUCCUUUGUUCCACUCAAUGUCCAGGACAAGGAGAGUAUGCGACGGGUGAUGCAGGCAGUGGACAAAGCCAACGGCUACUCCUUCGGAGACUUGGAGCAGAGAAGCCUGGAAGUCCUGAUGUCUGCAGCAGUGGGAGCUGAUUUCCACUUCACAUCUACACUUGCAGUCCAGGAGAAGUAUGUGCAGCCUCAGGAGAAAACCGUGGAACAGGAAGCAAUGGAAAUAUAAUGCUCCUGUAUCUUUCAGCAGGCUCGUAGUGGAAGGAGCUCCGUUCCAGUUUUAAAUGUGUCUCAUCUCUUCCCAGCAGGAGCAUGAGGGACCCUCUGUGUAGUGUGACUCGGACCCGGUACUUUCUGGGCAGAAGGCCAGCUGUUAGGUUCCCUCUUUGUAUGAAUGCAGUCCUGUGUCUGGAUCUCGGUGUGUAUGAGCUAUGUUUUUCUGGGUGACAAUGAGAUCAGGACCUCCAUAGCUGAGAGCAGGACAAAUUCAAGAUCUCCUUACAGGAACCAGAGGGAAUCUUCACCUGAUCCGGACAUCAGCAGCAGAAGAAAACAACCUCUCUGUACAGCAGACAAGACAUAGGUGCCCACUUUUGCCAAGUCUCAUCCCUCACCACCAUGACCAAGGCUAUGUCUCAAGUGAAAGACAAAUCAGCAUCUACUGCAGUGAAUGAAUGGAGCUCCUUCUUGUGGUAUGAAUUCUCCAUGUAUUGAAUGGGACCUCUGUGCAUUCUCACAGUGAGGAGUAUCCACUCCUUAGAGAGCCAGCUACCUGUCCGUUCAUCCCUGGGGGGAGGAGAGGUGUGAGGGGUUUUGUUUGUUUGUUUUUAAUUAUCAGCUCUUUCUUAACAAAAACACUUCUCCGCCCCUUAGUUUCACCUUGUACUUCUGAGUUUGCUACGAACUCCCCUGAAGUGGAGAAAAUAAAAUAAACUGCAACAGUGCUGCAAAGCAUGAGGGACAAGAAGAGCUGUGAAUAGGUUCCUUAUUGCAGCUGUAGACGCUGCCACAUGUUUCUGUUAAAAAAUCA